AUGGUCAUUCCUAAUGUCGACGAAGACUGGCGGUUCAGUCGAAGUCCAUAUCGAAAUGGUCUCAAGUUUUUUAUUGCCACGCCAUUGUAUGGCUCGCAAGAGCACCUGGACGACACGGACAAAACUGACGUCUUUCCCACCAUCUCGCAUGGCGAGGGAGGUACCAACAGCACUCUUAGUGAUGACUACCUGCACAUUUUCAACUUUGCAGCUGAAACUCUUCAUGCCUCCAUGGAUGUAUCAGGUGUAGCCAUUUUCGACUUGUCAUGUUUCGUAUUAGUUAAGAAGCCAACAAGUAUUCAUGGCAAGGUCAGCGAACAUGUCAUUCACUCGAGCAUGACUAGGCAUUACCACAGUGGAUGGGAGCAGUCGCCUGAUGAGUUUUCCGAGGAGGCUCCUGUGACCCAAGUCCCUGCACUGACUCUACUGGGUGCAAUGGAUACCCUUAUCGUUCCUAUUAUGGGCGUAGAUCGUCAACCUUUUGCCUUGCUGUGUUGUUAUUCUCGUCCUGGCGAGUAUGCAUUUAUUUUGGACCAAAUGGUACACACGGCCAUCCAGCAUGUACGCGCCAUCGGCUACAUGAUCAUGGAUGCGGUCGCCAAGCAAUCCGUGAUGCUAGCCGACCGUGCCAAGUCCUCGUUUAUUUCCAACAUGUCUCAUGAAUUGCGCACGCCAUUGCAUGGUAUUCUUGCCUCAACGGAGCUGCUCUCAGAUACAAAUCUGAAUGACAUGCAGCUCUCCUAUGCGCACACGAUCGAAUCCUGUGGGCAUGGCCUUUUGGAGCUCGUCAAUCAUGUGCUCGACUAUACAAAAUUAUCCAGUGAUGUGAACAACUCUGGAGCCCAACGAGAUAAACAAGCGCAAUAUCACGACGUGGAUCUGGUGCAACUCCUCCAAGAAGUUUGCGACAGCAGUUUGGUGGGACACUUGGGGCAGCGACGGACUGGCCAAGCUGGAUCUUCUAUUGGGUCCAUGUAUGACCCUGGCCAAGCCGAUGCUAAGCGCAUAGCCAAGAGCUUCUCAAUUGAGCUGGGCACUAGUACAGAUGACCGCGAAGCUGCCCGCACACACAUUCCGCCUGUUACGAUGGGGCCUGAGACCUUUGGCGUUUGCACCACGGAGCCCUUCUCGCCAAUCGAUGAGACGCCGUCUCCGCUCUCUACGGACCCACCAGUUUUUUCGACUCCUGAGCGCCGGACGCUAGGACGGCUUCAGAAUUCUAUAUCUCCGUCCUCGAUGACGGGCCCCAUCUCGCCUGUUCCCGAGACGCCGACUCAUACGAUGUUGGAACUGGAUACUUCGAUUAGUGGCCAAGAGAGCGAGCCAGAACAGUCUUCCGAGUCGCCGAUUGUGAGGCCACCGAAUCCAGCGCCCUCUGGGUGUGUGCUGUUUGCCGAUGACAAUGCGAUAAACCGGCAGGUCUUGCGUGCAUACUCGAAGAAACUCAAUAUGUCUUGCUCGGAGGCUCGGGACGGACGCGAGGCGAUCUCGCAGUUUUCCUCAAGACCGCCAGGGUAUUUUAGUCUCAUUCUCAUGGACUAUUCGAUGCCCAACGUUGAUGGACUGGGUGCAACGCUUGCGAUCCGCCAACUGGAAGAGCAGCGGCUGUCCACCGAAGAGCUUGCGGAGGAGAGCCGCCGACCAAGGACAGCGAUUUACAUGCUGUCAGGCACGUCCACGAGCGAAAUUCUGCGUCAAUCCUAUGCCGCCGGUGCCGACGGGUAUCUGUCGAAGCCUCUCAGGUUUAAGGUAUUUGUAUCUCUGCUCAAGUCCCUCGGACUCCUGCAAAGUCCAUCUCAUUGA